AUGACUAAAAAGGAAGAUACUAAGGGAGGAGCUUCUAAUGCUGCUACUUCUCUCGAUAAGGAGCAAGUAAAUUCCACCUCUACAACACAUCUAGUUGUUGAUGAACAGAACACAAAAUCUCCUCAAGAAACAGCAACCCGACCAAGUAGAAAUCCCUUCAAACGAUUCAAAAAGAAGAAGGCUGAUGAGAAAUCAAAUGUUGAUGAAAUCAAAGAUGAACAAGAGCCGAAUAUUACUGGAAAGGAUAACAUGAUCAUUUUCAAGAUUUUUGGAUGGAAUUGGUUGCUGGUAGUGAUUGGAGCAAUUGGUAGUUUGGGUAAUGGUGUCAUUCCAUUGUGUUUUCAAUUUGUCAUGGGUGAUUUGGUGGAUGUUUUCCAGCCAAAGAAUGGUGUCGUUCCAACUGUUGACUCUAUGAAAGCAAGUGUUUCAGAUAUUGCUAUCAAGUUUGCAAUUAUUGCUGCAGGAUCUGCUGUGGCCAGUUUGCUCUCUCAAUUCUUUUUAAAUUUGGCAAGUGAAAGAAUUGGUGUUGCUUUGAGAAAGGCCUAUUUCAAUGCAUUGACAACUCAAGAGAUGGGUUUCUUUGAUAUUAAGAAGACUGGUGCAUUGACAGUUGCAUUGAGUGAAGACGUGUCCAAAAUUCAAGAAGUCUACUCUAACAAAUUGGCUCUCCUUUUACAAAACACUGCCCAAUUCAUUAUUGGUAUUGUCCUUGCCUUUGUUUCAUCUUGGCAAAUGUCCCUUGGCAUGAUUUCAACCUCUCCAUUGUUGGUGUUUGGUGUUGGUGUCUUGUCUAAGGUUGUUGAAUAUUUAACUAAAAAGACAAAUGGAGCUACGGAACAUUCUGCAUCGAUUGCAACUGAAGUUGUUUCAAGUUUUAGAACUGUUAAAUCAAUGGGUUGUGAACAAAAGGAACAAGAUAGAUUUGCCAAAGAUUUAAAGAAUAUUAGUACUUAUGGCUUGUUCAAAGCCAUCUUGCAAGGAACUACUUUUGCCUCAGUAUCAUUCAUUCUCUGGGGAACUAUUGCCUUAGCCUUCUGGUAUGGAGGUGGCUUGGUUGCAGAAAAUACCAUAACAGUUGGUCAAAUGAUGAAAGUUUUCGGUAUGAUGCUAUUUGGUGUUAUUGGUCUUUCUCAAGCUGGUACUCAAAUUCCAGAAUUUUCCAAAGCUCAAAUGUCUCAAAGAACCAUUCUCAAAGUUUUAAAGAGAAGUCCAGCAAUUCCAUUUGCAGGAGGAAAAGCUCCAGAAGAAAAGUUGAAAGGUUCCAUUCAAGUUAAGAAUGUCAAGUUUAUUUACCCAUCCCGUCCAAAUGCAGUUGUCUUGUCUGAUUUCUCAAUUGAUAUCAAGCCAGGAACUUCUGUUGCUUUGGUUGGUCCAUCAGGAUCAGGAAAGUCAACCAUUGUUGGUCUAUUGGAACGUUUCUAUGAUCCACAAGAAGGUGAAAUUAUAAUUGAUGGAUAUAAUAUUAAGGAAAUUGAUCCUCAAUGGCUCCAUAGAAAUAUUGGUAUUGUCACUCAAGAACCUGUAUUGUUUGCCACUUCAAUUAGAGAAAAUAUUGCCUAUGCUGUUGGUGCUGAAAAUGUCUCUCAAGAACAAAUUGAACACGCUGCCAAAGCUGCCAAUUGUCAUACCUUUAUUAUGGAGUUACCAGAUGGUUAUGAAACUAAACUGGGUGAAAAGGGUGUUUCCUUAUCAGGUGGUCAAAAACAACGUGUUGCCAUUGCAAGAGCCAUUCUCCAAGAUCCACAAGUCCUCCUUUUGGACGAAGCCACCUCAGCCCUCGACACUGAAAGUGAAGGUCUCGUUCAAGCAGCUCUUGACAAUCUCAUGAAGGGAAGAACCUCCAUCUGUAUUGCUCACAGAUUGAGUACUAUUCAAAACUGUGAUACCAUUUAUGUACUCGUUAAGGGAGAAUUGAAAGAAUCAGGAACUCACCACGAAUUAAUCAAGAAGGAAGAUGGUGUCUAUAGAAAAUUAGCUGAAAAGCAAAUGAUGUUUGGAAAGAGUGAAAUUGACUUGAUCAGAAACGAAUCUGCAGUAGUCAUCUCCCCUCAAAAUGAAGUUAAGACUGAAAGCUCCUUUGAGGAUAUUUCAAUUUUGUAAAUAGUGUAAAUAGCGAAAAGAAAUAAAUUUUUGAAUUUUUAAUUU